UAGACCGGUCAUUGUUGCACGCAAAACGCAACAAAACCCUUCCCCGUCGCGUUGAUCGCGAUCGCGCGAGCGGAACGUUAAGGCGAUGUGUUGGUGUGUACGCGUGUGUGUGUAUGUGUGUCGGUCUGUCCAUCUUGUCUUCUAUUUCCCUUCGGACGCCGCGCCCCUGUCAUAAUCUAAUUUUUCGACCCUCUCGACCGCUCCCUUCGCUUCGCGAGGAAGGAUCAGGAUCCUAUUGCGUGUCGUCAGGGGUGGGCAGUGAUUCUGAAGUCAUGGCAGAAUUGGCGGCACUCCUGCGACAUGAGAUUCCCGAGGGGAGGAACAAUCUGGCCGACAGCCACACCAAUCUCGAGAGGGUGGCGGAGUAUUGUGAGGCGAACUACUUCCAAGCUGAGAACAAGAGGAUCGCGCUGGAGGAGACGAAGAAUUAUACCACGCAGUCGUUGGCCAGCGUUGCAUAUCAAAUAAAUACCCUGGCGUACAACUUUCUUCAACUGCUCGACCUGCAGACGUCCCAGCUCGCCGAGAUGGAGAGUCAGAUGAACCAUAUCGCGCAGACGGUCAUGAUUCACAAGGAGAAGGUCGCCAGAAGGGAGAUAGGGGUCUUGACGGCCAACAAGAUGACGACUCGCCAGUACAAAAUCAUCGCUCCCGCCAAUCCGGAGAAACCAAUUAAGUAUGUCAGGAAGAGCAUUGAUUACACGAUCCUAGAUGAAAUUGGGCAUGGUGUACGUAGCUGCGGUACGCCGCGAAGCAAGCAGAGAGGAGGUAGUCAAGGCAGCGUUCAGAGCUUGGGUGCUGCUUCUACAGGCUCGGGCUUGGGCGCUGCUAUGGUAGGACCUGCUCCUACUACCAAACCACCCACGCCACCUCAAACAGUGAGAACUGGAACAUUGAGUAAAGGCUCGCGCGAAUAUAGGACUCCGCCAGCGGUAGCCCCACCACAAGUUCCUAGCCAUUACGCGCCCAACUAUCCACUUGGCCAUCCCAGGCGAGAUCGCCCGGGAUAUAGCACUCUACCAUUGCAUGCUCAUAACACGUCCCACACGAGCCACAAUUCCAAUCAUAAUGCGCAUGCCAAUACCAUCAAUCAACACACUAUGCCGCAAGUGGGAACGGUGCAUCCCCUGCAGAGUCAUCCGCAGACGCCACCACCGGCACCGCCCAGCGUCACCGCGGGCUACGUGCAGGAACAGCAUAACAGUAUGCCUCCUCCACCUUCACCUUUGGUCGGUCUAGGCGGCGAUAUGACGGAAUACACCGGACAUCACACCCUGCCGCACAGAUUAUCGCAUCAAAUUAGCCGUGGUAGCGGUGCGAAUAGUCCACCCUUACCGCCGCCGCCACCACCGGAGCAGGAGGAACAUCCGCAGUUUGGCAGACCGACCCCAUCUGGUGCUAUAAUGCCGAUCGUGCCGGACGAGGAAGACCUGCCCGGAUGGGUGCCGAAGAAUUAUAUCGAGAAAGUGGUGGCUAUUUAUGAUUAUUACGCGGAUAAAGAGGACGAGCUGAGUUUUCAAGAGAGUUCUGUGAUCUACGUGCUCAAGAAAAACGAUGACGGAUGGUGGGAGGGGGUGAUGGACGGUAUAACUGGAUUAUUCCCAGGAAAUUACGUCGAACCAUGCGUAUAACUACAUGCAAUAAUUGGUUAUAUCAAAAAACUAACGGAAGACUGCAAUUUUUAAGCAUUUAUCAUAUAUGUACGUAUUAUUAAUCGCAUUCAUAUUAAUCUAUACUAAUAUCUCGAUCUUGAACAAAAGUUAUUCUUUAUCUCGCUUUUCGUUCGAGCAAACAUUCGAAACUAUAAUUAUGAGCAUACAAAAAAAGAAAUAAUCGAGGCUCAUAAAUCGUAAAAGACAUAACUUUUGUGUUAUAGUAUUGUUUUAUAAUUUAUUGACAAACAUAAAAAAAAGAGUUCAAGCCUGUAAGUGCAACGGUAUAUGGGUGGUGUCGUAUAAACGUAAGUUAAUCAACAAUAGUCUGCAAGGGAUGCAAUGGACGGUGCAGAGAUCGAAAUAUCACAAACUUCCUUCAUAAAUCAUUAUAGAUUUUGCAUUCUCCAUCACUUACUCUAUGUCCUCGAUAGUGCGAGAUAUCUUGCCGCGCCUAUAAUCGUGCGAAAUGUCGAGUGGUGAACAGCGUUAUGUUAAGGGGAUCCUAAACCAAAGGUCGAACUCCCGACGGGAAAGCACUCUCAUCUAAACGGAAUUAAAAUGGUCGAUAAUUUCGAUCGUUUUAUAUGUUACCGGUUUAUAUCUGUCCUUUUAUAGACAAGGAUAGACAAUGUUAUAGUACCUAUAUACCUACAUUACACGAUAAUAGAUGUACACGCAUAACUUUUUUGUUACGGUUCUAAUCCAAACUCUGAGAACCGUAUGAUAUUUCUUGAUGUAAUUCACCUUCCACAACGGUCUUAUAUUGUAACAACAAAAUUGUGGAAUUUUUAUAUGAAGCAAAUGUCACAAGUCGAUGUCUUAUUGUCUGCAUGUCUGAAAUUAUUUUCAUUCUCGGUAUAAAAUCGACCGUCAUGGAAAGCAUUAGCGCAUAUACUUUAACUUUAGCGAAGGAUUUUUUUUAAAUCUAUAAAGCCAAUAAAAAGAUAUGCGUUUAGUAAAAAUGUCGGUAUUAGGAGACGGCUUUAGGAUCCCCUUAACGUGUAAGACGAAAAUAUGUACGGUAUUUGAUUAUCGAGAAAAAUCAGUCGAGCGAGUUCCGAAUCAAACACUGAAAAGUUAAAUUUUUAUAUUAAUGUAAGAAAAUUGUAUUUUUCUGCAUCUUUAGCAUUUCCUCGAGUAGAUAUGGUAGAUAUCGAAUUAUAUAGCAAUGGAAUUAUAUUCUAUAUUUACGUAUCCCCAUAUAUGUACAUAUAUCUAUGUGUAAGAUUACACGUUGCAAUAGAGAUCUUUAUCUCUGGGA